ACAAGUAAUAAUAGUUGUGUUUGUAUUACAGAUAGUGAAGCUUGUUGCACUGCACACAUUACACGUACCUGUGUGUGUGUUUCCGAGAGCUUACCCAGCUGGCCGCAACAGAUUUGUUGUCGAGGAAGAGGAAUUCUAGCAUCGCUCACGAUCGAGAAGAAAACGUUGUAGAAUUUUUGCAUCGAUAACGAUCAUUUUGAUUUGAUUUCAUUGACUUUUCGGACAUUGAUAUCUGGCGUGUACUAUGGAGCAGAAUGGAGAUUCAGUACUCUGCAGUGCGAACAAUCAAGAGUAAUCUGGCUAUAACUGCCUUUGUAUAGACUCGUAGAUCGCCCCUGGCUGUGUACGUGUAUGCAGAGUUUGAAGAUUUCCUGACGUCAUGGUUCGGGCACUGAACAGACGAGCACUUCUGCACACCACCUUCUUGCUAGGUGCAACGUCGUUCAUUGUUAUGGCGUCGUUCAUGACAGUUUCGCGGCGCAAUUCCUCGCUCUCGCCCUCCCUGCAGGAGGCGAGGCAGGUGAUACAAAGAGUAGAAAACGCCUUGCCCUCCGGACCAGCAGCAUCCACGGCAGCAGCAGUUGCACCACCGCCGGCAGGGCCAGCAGAAAAGUUAGCAAUAAGAGCAACAGCUGUAUCGCAGCCUGGACAUUCAGCACCAGUACUGCCCUCUUACUCCGUAAACCCUGAUGCUGCUGCCGCUGUGACUGCUGCCACAACACACCCAAAUAACGUCAUCCAGAAUGGAGCAGCACCGACGGGCGUUGCCAAUGACGACGCCGAGCCACCACUGCCAGUGGAACACCGCGACAUGCACAGCGAAAAUCACGAGCUCAAGCUGCGCGCCAUGAAGCGAAUGAUCGCGGAGGACCCGAUCACCGUGCUGCUGGAGAAACAGGCGGCCGCGCAGAAGCGCUACAUCGAAAGCGGCCAGGACCUGACGGAGCGGCCAGACCGUGCCAUGCUGGUCCUGUGCAUGAAGCAGGUGACGUGCUACGGCCUCGGUGAUCGCUUCUUCGGCCUCAUGAACAACUAUCUGACGGCGGUGAUCGGCGGCAAGCCCUUCUUCGUCCUCCACAACAAGCCGGCCGAUCUCAACGUUCAUAUGGUGCCCAACACCAUCGACUGGCGUAUCGAGUCAGUGAAGCACGAGAGCGUACGCAAGGCGCUCCUGGACGUCAAUAUUCGCACCUGCGAGCCACCUCGCUGCGCUAACCACGUCAUCGAGCUUCCCGGCGUGCCAGGACAGCGGGUGGUCGACGGCGCUAAGCUACCGAACGUCAUCGUGUACAGCUGGGGCAACGCUCGCACCGACGUCUUCCACGAGGCCAUGUCCAUAGCCAAGCUGUUCCCGACGCUGAAGCCCGGUGAGAGGGCGUGGGGCAAGGACGACCUGCAGUUCUGGUCGGCGUACAUCAGCGGUCGCCUCUGGAACCACCUGUUCAGCUUCUCCGACGAGCUGAAGAAGUCGGCCGACCAGCUCCUGUCGACAGUGUUCAAGUCGCCGCAGCCGUACAACUUCCAGGAUCUGAUGCGCUGCACGCCAUGUGUGCAUGCUCGCACUGGCUCCGGCCUGCACGAGGUCCCUCGCCACUCGAACCGACACGACUUUGUAACGUGCAUGAACGCCGUGAACGAGCAAGUGCACUUGUCCAAGGACGCACGCUGCAAGGUGUAUCGCGAUGGCAACAAGACCAACAACUGGAUUAUUCUUAGCGACAGCAAUCAAUUCGUCGAUGAGAUGACGGAACAGUUGAAGGGUGGCGGGACGAUAUUCAGCACCAGUGGUUCAGGCCCGUUGGUACACGCAGAAACGAUACCGCUGGGCUCAGACAGUGCGGUGCGUGGUUUACGCCGUGCCAUGAUUGAUUUCUAUAUCCUGUCCCAUUGCAGAUACCAUAUUGCGUCACUUAGUACGUUUGAUGGAGUUGCUUCAAUCGCACACGGACCUGAAGUGCGUCGGUAUGACAUGGAGAUCACGCGGCCUUGUGAGAAGAAACCGAACAACAUUGGUGUUUGGCAGCGGGAUGUACAUGCCAAACCUCGGUUUCACUGACCAGGAUAACUCAGUGUGUCCACCGUGGAUAUAACUGUUACAUGCCAGGCUUCAAGUUCACUGAGCCGUUCACCUGAGUAGGUCUACUGGGGGUGCGUUCUUAGCCUCGAUUUCACUGAACGCUACAACUGAGUAUGUCCACAGUGGAUUUGCAUGCCACACCAUUGGUUCACUGACUGCGACAACUGAGUGUUUCCACUGUGGAUUUGCAUGCCAAGCCAUCGGUUCACUGAACGCGGCAAUUGAGUGUUUCCACUGUGGAUUUGCAUGCCAAGCCAUCGGUUCACUGACUGCGACAAUUGAGUAUGCUGACGGUGCAUGUACAUACCAAGGCGCAAGUUCACUGAACGGGACCGAUGAGUAUGUCCCCUGUCACCGCUAGCUCCGCUGCUGCCACCUGUCUAUGCUUACGUGUACAGAUGAUCAACAGUCGUGUAACGCAACGGUUACGCACCCAGUAUCACCGCAUCCACUGCUACCUGCUAGAGAUACUGUGCUCUGCCAGCCGUGAGCCACCCCUGCAGGCUGUUCAUGCUGCAGUGGUCUUCUGAGACGACGGCCCGGCUUCAGAAUAGAGCAUGGGGCAGCUGUGCUGAGUAUGAGUACUACCGUGACAGUCGUUAUGGUCUAAGAUCGUCGUUUCCGGUACUAGUGCGUGUGCAUGCCCUCGUCUCGCCGUUUUAUUACUGUUCUGGGCCUGUGGCUGGGUACCAUCAGCCAACGUCGCUGGACGCCAUUCGGCUUGCCUGGGCGUCCAGUCCAGCUCUGCAACUGCCCUGGGCUUUGCGAGUGUUUUGGAGCCGGAACUGCUGUCAUCGUUUGUGUGUGUGUGUGUGUACCACCGGAGAGUGAUAAAAUCACGACUCUAUAGGUAAACUUGGUACAAGUGGUGCAACUCGGGGUAAAUAUCCGGAUGUCAGCACCCACGUGCUGCGCAAUUGAGCUGGUCUCCGUGCGAAUUGCUCUCGUGUUUUCGUCCGCUCGUUUGUGCACAUGCUUCUGUCCUCACGUGGCAUUGCCGAGUACACGCAGCAGAUAGCCGUCAAGAUCACGCAGUCAGCCGCGUAUCUUGGCACGGAACUUAUUCGUUUGGUUAGCGCUCGUGUUUGUGUUCUCACGUCCAGUUUGAAACCGGGAAUAAGCCGUUGCAGCUUGUCCAUAGCGUUGGAAGUACUCGCAUUGCAUGUGUCUGUUGUCUUAAUUGUUGGAACAGCCGAUUCCAUGUCGCAUUGCCAGUGUAAUCCGAACCUUGAUUAUUUAUUGAGCAUGCCGUAGGAUGCCUCACGCAGCUUCAUAAGUAGAACGGGUUGUGAGCAACAUUGGCUCACGCUCGUGCCGUUUAUAUUAUUUAUCCCAAAGCAAACCCCGCUGAUAAUAUGGACGCUUUGAUUCUGAAUGAUUGCAUACUUCUGAGUUGGAAUUUAUCCGUAAAGACUUCGCUAUAGGCACCCACUGUGCAGUAUCACUACUGAAAGUAUCACUGUUCUACUCUGUUACCUACCACUGCUACACUUGCUUCCGCUGCUGGAUCAAAUGAUGCUGUUGAAUGACAAGUUGCUAUCACUUUACCUUGCUAUUAAAUUUUACUUUCUAUCCUGCUAUUUAUGCUAUUCGUUACUUUUUCUCUGGACUCGUCCGCUCUCCCUUCAACGCCCGGUUGCUGCGCUUGGAGAUGGAAAGGAGCUAGCUG